GAAAGUGGUUAAUUGAACAGCGAACUUGUUACGUAUGAACGGUAACUCGCUCUGCUGGUAUCAAGUAGAAUAUAAAAAUGGUUGACUCGCAAGCAACUAAUAUAGGGUCCCAUAAACUUGUUUCUGGUAUUGCAGGAGUUCAAUCUUUACUUACUUUUGCAAUAUUAGCUGCGGCAUGGAUUGUUGCAUUUUUCAGUCGUCUCUUUGCUAUUGUCAGAUUCGAGAGCAUUAUUCAUGAGUUUGAUCCAUGGUUUAACUACCGUGCUACACACCAUCUUGUUGAACAUGGUUUCUAUGACUUUUUAAACUGGUUUGAUGAUCGUGCUUGGUAUCCCCUGGGUAGAAUUGUUGGUGGAACAGUUUAUCCGGGGUUAAUGGUAACUGCUGGUGGUUUACAUUGGCUUCUUAAUACUCUACACUUUACAGUACAUAUACGAGAUGUUUGUGUUUUUUUAGCACCACUAUUUAGUGGAUUAACAGCUAUAUCUACAUAUCUUCUUACAAAAGAAUUAUGGAGUGAUAGAGCUGGUCUAUUGGCUGCAUGUUUUAUAUCUAUAGCGCCUGGUUAUAUUUCACGUUCUGUUGCUGGUUCAUAUGAUAAUGAAGGAAUUGCCAUAUUUGCCUUGCAGUUUACUUAUUUUUUGUGGAUUCGAAGCAUGAAAACUGGAUCAGUAUUUUGGUCGGUUUGUGCUGCCAUUUCUUAUUUUUACAUGGUAUCAGCUUGGGGAGGAUAUGUUUUCAUUAUUAACUUAAUACCCUUGCAUGUCUUUGUUUUGCUUUUGAUGGGAAGAUUUUCUAGCAAAAUAUUUACAGCUUAUAGCAUUUUUUUCAUCAUUGGGCUGCUUCUUUCAAUGCAAAUACCAUUUGUUGGGUUUCAGCCAAUUCGAACAAGUGAGCACAUGGCUGCUGCAGGUGUUUUUGCUCUUUUGCAAGCCUAUGCAUUCAUUAAGUAUCUCAGAGAUAAAAUGUCACGAAGUGAAUUUGUUUACCUCUUUAAUUUUGCAAUUGUUGCUAUGGCUGGAGUUGUCUUUUGUUCUGUAGUUGCUUUGACAUAUGCAGGGUAUGUUGCGCCAUGGAGUGGUCGAUUUUAUUCCUUAUAUGACACUGGAUAUGCGAAGAUUCACAUUCCAAUUAUUGCUUCUGUAUCUGAACAUCAGCCUACAACAUGGGUAUCUUUCUUUUUUGAUUUACACAUACUUAUAUGUGUAUUUCCUUAUGGACUUUGGCUGUGUGUAAAAAAUGUAAACAGUGAAAGAGUUUUUAUCAUACUUUAUGCUGUUACUGCAUCUUAUUUUGCUGGUGUAAUGGUUCGACUAAUGUUGACACUCACACCAUGUGUCUGUGUCUUGGCAGCAAUUGGCUUUUCUAAUACAUUAGAUCAUUAUCUCUGUGAAAAAGAUCUACUCUCGCCUGUUCUUUCAAAAGAAGAGAAAAAAAGCAAGAAAAUUGAAAAUGCCAAGAAAGAAGUUUCUGGCAAAAGUGGAGUGGGAAAAGAAGAUGAAGAUGUUCUUGCCAAAAAAACUGAAAAUGAAUCUGAUAAUGAAGCUCAAAAUGCUGGAAGUCAGUUAAAGAUGAUGGUUAUUGCACUUAUAUUCACCAUGUUUGUUUUAUAUGCUGUCCAUUGUACAUGGGUUACAAGCAAUGCAUACUCAAGUCCUUCAAUAGUACUUGCCACAAAUAACUAUGAUGGUUCUCGAAACAUUUUGGAUGACUUUCGUGAAGCUUAUUUUUGGCUGAGACAAAAUACUGCUGAUGAUGCACGGGUCAUGUCUUGGUGGGAUUAUGGAUAUCAAAUAGCUGGAAUGGCAAAUCGCACAACUUUAGUUGACAACAACACUUGGAACAAUAGUCAUAUCGCAUUAGUUGGUAAAGCCAUGUCCUCAAAUGAGUCUGCUGCAUAUGAAAUCAUGAGAAAACUAGAUGUUGAUUAUGUUUUAGUCAUUUUUGGUGGUGUAAUAGGUUACUCAGGUGAUGAUAUCAACAAAUUUUUAUGGAUGGUGAGAAUAGCUGAAGGAGAGCAUCCAAAAGAUAUAAGGGAAUCAGAUUAUUUCACUCCCCAAGGAGAGUUUCGUGUUGAUAAAGGAGGUUCGCCUACUUUAUUAAACUGUCUAAUGUACAAACUUUGCUACUAUAGAUUCGGUGAUCUCAGGUUGGAUCAUCGAUCACCUUCUGGUUAUGAUCGCACUCGAAAUACAGAAAUAGGAAACAAGAACUUUAAACUUACACAUUUAGAAGAAGCGUUUACAUCGGAGCAUUGGCUUGUCAGAAUAUACAAAGUUAAGCCGUUAGAAAGUCGUGUAAGCAGUACAUUAAAAAUGCGAUCAACAUCGAUAAAACAAAAUAGACAAAAGUUUUAUUCAAAGAAAACACGUUCUGUUAGAAACGGUCAGUUGAAGAACAAGCUUGAUGUAAGAAAAGGAUCGAAACCGAAAAGAUUGUCUCGAAGUAAAAAGGUUUGAUGCGAGAAAUGAGUAGGCAUAAAGAUCGCUUGGGAAGUUUUGGUUCCUAUUUAUAAUUGCAACAAGUAAUUGCAGCAAAAGUUUGACUUAGGCUUUUUUAACAAUUGCAAUAAUAGAACUAUCGAAUGUCAAAUUUUUUUGUACUUCGAAAUAAAAAUAUUAAAUUUAA